UACAAUCUCACAGAGGACUCUGGGCACAUCACACAGCAGAAGUUGUAUUUUCUUCUGUUGGCAGAGAGCUUAGUGAUCCUUGAACUCUAGCCUUGUUGAGAUAAGGGGAGUUUCCCCUUCUCUCUCCUGGAAGAGCCCCCUCCUUUAUUUUAUGACUGUCUCAGCACCAGGGUAAAUCCUCCAGCCUCUUAAAAUCUCAGGCUUUAGGGGGAGGCAAGCAGAGCCGCUGAGACAUCGAUUCCUAGGAGAUACCUCCAGCACGGGCUUGUAUUGAACUUCCUCAGUCUACAGAAGCCGUUAGGCUAUUCACUUUCAGCUUUCUGAGACAAGGGGGCCUACAGGAAAACCUGUCCCUAUGUGUGAGUCAAAGUCAGAGGACAUGGAAAUGAAGGAAAAAGACCUGGAGAGUGGGUGUGACUUGCACCAGCUUCACUGGUAUGAAAAGUACCUCCAGCCAUGCAUAGUGGAGCUGCUGGGCUCGGCUCUGUUCAUCUUCAUUGGCUGUCUGUCAGUCAUCGAGAAUACAGAGGGGGUUGGUCGGCUGCAGCCUGCACUGGCACAUGGGCUGGCCCUGGGCAUCAUCAUAGGCUUUUUGGGAAAGAUCAGUGGUGGUCAUUUCAAUCCAGCUGUCUCCUUGGCUGUCAUGUUGAUUGGAGGCCUGAAUUACAUGAUGCUCAUCCCAUACUGUGUCUCCCAGCUGUGUGGAGGGAUCAUAGGAGCUGCUUUAGCCAAGGCGGUGAGCACAGAAGAGAGCUUCUUAAAUGCUUCCGGGGCAGCCUUCACAACCAUUAGAGGGGCUGACCAGGUGGGUGGUGCUGUGGGAGCUGAGGUCAUCAUGACAUUGUUACUGGUCUUGUCCGUCUGUAUGGCAGCCGUCAAUGAAAAGAGCAAGAGCCCGCUGGCUCCCUUCUGCAUUGGCUUUGCUGUGACUGUGGACAUCCUAGCAGGAGGGGCUAUAUCUGGAGCCUGCAUGAAUCCUGCCCGAGCCUUUGGGCCUGCGAUAAUGGCCGGCUACUGGCAGUACCACUGGGUGUACUGGCUGGGACCACUGGCAGCCAGUGUAAUCGCAGGAAUACUGAUAAGGGUUCUCAUUGGCGAUCAGAAAGUCCGCCUGUUUCUAAAACACCUGUGAAGCAACUGUCUAUUGUAUGGACACAGGACCACUGCUUUGCCCAUGGAUUCUUCUCAUCUUGGCUUGGCUUAGCCUGGAAUAAUGAAGGGGACAGCCUCUCAUGAAAGGGACCUGCUCUGUUCUGCCAGGGAAAAUGUCUCCCGCCUUGGGGAGUGAUCCUGCCCUGGGUCUCCCCUGUGAUUUCCCAAGACUUCAUUCCAGCACCUGGCUGGUCAGGUGGAUGGAUAGUCUGCUUUAUCUCCUAGUCUGGCCAAAAGCACACAGACUGACACACCAGCUUUGGGAUGCUCCCUGCAUGCUGUGUCCUGUUUUUCUACCUUAACACCUCAUUUUCUUUCCUGUUAAAGGAGUGCUGAAUCACACCUCUCUGGAUGCUGGAUAGCAAUUCGUUGUUGGGAAGGUUCUAGAAAAAGCCUAAGUAGUGUUAUUAUCAUCUCAUACGACCUGGGAAGAGACAGCAGGGACGAUGGAAUUGCUUCUCUUUACAAUGAAAUUACUAAGGCGAGGGGUGAGGCGGGGAAGGGAGGUGUAAUAGCAGCCAGAAGAGGGAAAGGUUGCUUCAUUCACACUUUGCACAGAGGUGAGGGAAGGGAGGAGGCUAGAAAGCCAGUUAUUUAAUUUCCGGGGGAUUCUUUUUAGGAACUGCGAAGUCCUCUGCUCUUGGUCCUCCUGCCUGCUAUGGGGAAUGAGGGGCUUUUCAAAGCUACUUUGCUAUAUUCUCUCCACUGAUAUGGAAAACUCCAGCUCAUCUUCCAAUAAACAGUAUUUCUCUAUCUCUACCUCCCUUUACCCAUUUGUUGGCUUGCUCUCUUUUUUUAAUUUUAGGAACUUCAAAAAUGUGUCCUGUUCAGGAGAGUGGGGGCCUCAGGCUGGGUUGGGUGAAGAAAGCCCUAGCAGAGGAGAAAGGGAAAUGAAGGAAAGAAGAAAACAGGACUGGAAAGGGGAGAUAAAGGAAG